GCAGUCUUUGUUACAAGAAUUGCUUUCAAUUCUAAACCUCCACUUUAGGUGAUCAACAAUAACAUGAAAAUUGAAUGCAAAUGUCAUGGUGUUAGCGGUUCCUGUGAACUCAAGACAUGCUGGAGAUCUAUGCCAUCAUUUAGACAAAUCGGUGAUAUAUUAAAAGAGAAGUUUGAAUCGGCGACAGAAGUACAGCUCAAAGUUCCUCCGAAUGCAAAGCCAGUGACCAAACCAGUGGCCAAAGAACCCAAACUGGAAGCCGCGUCCAUGACUUAUCACGACAUGCCGUUCCCCUCAAAAAGUGGGAGCCGACCCUAUUUGGUGCCCAUCAGCCCUUACUUCAAACCCCAAACCGAUACGGACCUCAUUUAUCUGCAAUCGUCGCCCGACUUCUGUGAAAAGAAUGACAAAAUCGGUUCUUUGGGAACUCACGGCCGCGCCUGUAAUCGCACCUCAAAUGCCAUCGAUGGCUGUGAGCUCAUGUGUUGCGGUCGGGGCUAUAAGAUCCGUAGGGAGCGAGUGAUGGAGAGGUGUAACUGUAAGUUUCACUGGUGUUGUUACGUCGAGUGCGACCACUGCUCCAAAGAGGUCGAGAUCAGUACCUGCUUAUGA